AUGCAACGAUCAGCGCGUGUGAAAAGGUGGCAAGGCAUGUUGCCAGAUGUGAACCUUUUGAUACCUUUUGAUUUCCGUGCUUUGAAUCCUCCCCGGCAGUGGCCACUCAUGGAGGAUACCCAACAUGGUCGAGGUUUUCUCCACCGUUUGGACAUUCCAACAUCUGGCUUAGUACUUCUAGCCAAGAACCACAAUGCCCUGUACGAUCUCAGGCUACAGUUGGCAAUUGGAGACCUGCAACGUGAGUACUGUGUCCUUGCUCAUGGGCGUUGGCCCGGGGAAGCCCGAAAAGAUCUGCGGAGCCGAGUGCAUUGGUUUGGCACAGGCCGCCAAGCAGGAAGCAUCAUUGCACCGGCAGGGCGGGUGGCACUCUCGAAGGCCAAGCUCUUGGCAAAUGGUCAUCAGCUGGCUGGUCAGGCAGUGAGCCUGUUGGCGAUUCAGAUUGUCACGGGCCGCCAACAUCAGAUUAGACUGCAAAUGGCACAUGUGGGGCAUCCGGCAGUCACUGACAAGAGAUACUUUUCGUCAGUCAACUGCAUGCUGGACAUGCGAUGGUGCCGGAGAAACUUUUUGCAUCGCUAUCGCUUGGCCUUCUUUGGUGCGAGAGCCCGUGAAGUGGAGGUCAUUCAGCCACUUCCAUCAGAUCUUCAAUCGUCGUUGUUACGCAUUAGCGCAGCGGCAUCCUCUAUCGAUACAUUCAGGUUUUGGAGUAGUGGCUCACGGCCAAAGCGCUGGGAAAGGCUUCAUCCUCUCGAGCCGCUGAAAAGCACAAAUGAAAGCGAUUGA